UGGUGGCUUUAAAUUCCCUUUUCACCAUCUAAAUUCUGAACGACCAGACUCCUUUUCCUGUGUCUAGCUGUCUUAAGAAUGGUGAAAUCUUCUUUGAUCACAAAAAAAAGAAAAAUCCCCCUUUUGCCCCAUCUAGAGGAACCCUCCAAAAAUAUUCUUUUUUCUUUCUCUAUUUGGUUAAUUAAUUCCAUUAUUUCUAUCUAACAUUGAAUAAAAACCCACAAUAAAUUUUAAUAAUUUUGGUAAAUAAGUCAUACCAAAAUUUCCUCUCUCGUUUUCGUCAUUUUAUCAUUUUUCGUGUACAGGGAUUCUCCGAAAUCAGAUGGGUUUUUGAUUUUUGAACCUCUGCUUAGUUUUUUGUUUUUCUGUAGUGUAGAUAAUAUAGCUACGGGUGUCGUUUUUCGAGGUUUUACGAGCUGGGCUUUUGGAUUGCAAUGUUGAGAGAAGUUUGGUUUCCCUAACCGCGUGGAUUUGGAAGAGGAAAAAGGGGAAAAGAACGACUUUUGAUGUUGUGAGGACGAGAAAAGUAAGCUGUUUCCUUCUGUUCUUUCGUCAGUUUGCAGAUAUUUUCUUGUGGGGAUAAUGGGUUUUGCAGAUUGUUUCCUCAUUGGAAUUGGGUUUGAUUGUUCGCAGUUACUCUUACCAGAAAAUCUUGGAUUUUUAAUGUGUUGAUGCUCCGGUUUAUUGUUGAUGUUGAUACCUGCUUCAUUGGGUAUUUAUUUAUGUUUACGAUAUUGCGUUUAAUUGCCUGAUUUCAUGGAGGAUUCUGGUCUGUGAUGUUUUGGUUAUAUAACGAUAUCUGAGGGUUCCUUCUCCUGAGCUGCAUAGUUUGGGCUUCCUUUUCUUAUUUAUAGAUUCAUGGGGUAUCUACUUUCUGGGCUUCUUGCAUUGGAAACUGGAACAAGAAGGGGAAUUUUUUCCAAGAAUUUAAGUAGGGAAGGUUGUGCUUUUCCGUGGAAGAGAGAGUGAAAAAUGGACUUGUGGGUUGUUGCAGCAGCUGCGGGGGCUGGAUAUCUAGCCAAAUACCUGUCGAGGGAGAGGGAAAGAGAAGGAUUAUCAGAGUCUUUUCCUGGAGGCUCUACACAAGAUAAAUCUGAGCCUCAUUCUUUGCUGCAACAGCUUCGAGAACGCGCAUGUCCCCUCCAAAGAUUAUCUGGGAGGCAAUUAGGAGAGAAUGCUACUUCUGGGAGAGAUUCAUCUAACUCGCAUCUGAGGUUGACAGAAGAAAAUGGGUCAGCUGGUACUUCAGCAACAGAAAUGGCUUCUACUAGUGGGUUUGGUCAUGAAGCUUUGGAGAAUUUGCGGGUGUAUGAGGAGUACAAUAUACUUUCUUUAUCAUCUUUUCGUCCAGGGUUCCCUGGAAAGAACAAUCAAGAGAAAGUAGAUGGAAUUGAAGCCACGGGUAAAGUUUCUGAUAAAUCUGAGGAUUUUUUUUCAUCUGAACGCUCCACUAGAGAGAAACGUUUUUAUAACAGGGACAGCGGAAGCAGAAACUCUCUUAGAAGUAGGCGGCCUCAAGGGUAUUCUAUUAAACCUCUAAGCUCUUUGGAAAGCUGCCUCAUUGCUCAGUUGUACAAUGAACAUGUUGAAAUGGAUGAAUAUGUAUUUACUCAACUUUCACCCCCGACUGCACCAACUGUGAGGCCAUUGCUUGUAACUGAUGGAAAACAAAUAAUUAGCAGAGCAAGUGCUGAUUCUUACGGAGUAAAUUUUGGAAGUGUAGAAAAUAUGGUGCAUGAGGGAGCCGAAGCAUAUGCAGAAGGGGAGAGAAUGUUGGGGGUUCCACCACUUCCAGAUAUUGGCUCUGUAAAACUCUCAAAGAAAUUGAAACAAAGGAGAGGAAAGGGUCGGCUUGGAAGAUCGGGCCGUUCCAAUAUGAGAGUCUCACCAAAAAACUUCCGGUCACAAGGCUCACCAAAUGGAAUGCUUCUGUUCUGCAUUGGGGUCGCUUUUGGUGUUGUGUCUACUGUGAUGUCAAACAAAAGAGAAGUGGACAGGCUAAAUGAGUUUUUAAAACAGACAGAGAACUUGGUUCAAGAUCUACAAGAGGAGCUUGAGAUGAAAGAUUCACUGACUGUGAAGGAGCUAACUAAUGAGGGCUAUGAGCCCCAAGAAAAUAAUCACUAUUCCAUUCAUCAUCAGCCUCCAGCCUCCAUUUUCCCCCAACAGGAACUCACAGAAUCAAUAAACUUCAAUGGUAAAGAACCAUAUGAUCAGAAUGAAGAUGAGAAGUCAGAGAUUAUGAGUAAAAUUGAAGCAGAGCUUGAAGCUGAACUUGAGAGGUUGGAGCUGAACAUGUGCUCAUCUACUGUACAGAGAACAUUAUGCGGUCUUUUGGAGCUUGAUCCAGAUUUUGAAGCAGACAUUGUUCAGGAAGAACUGAGAGCAGACAUGCUCAACAGAGGGGCCAGGGGGCAAGAUGAUUCAGACCAAAAUGCAAGUGACACCUCCACUACUCCCACCCACGCUGCAAAUUAUGCAGUCUCACCUCGAGAGCUCAGCUUGCGCCUUCAUAAAGUUAUUCAGGAAAGACUAGAGGAACGCAUCAUGGAGCUUGAGACGGCACUCCAGCAAAGUCAACAACGGAUGCACAUAUUGGAAUCUGAGGGUGUCAACUCCCAAAGGGACUUCUCAAACAGUGAAAUAGGAUCAUCUACUCAUGAGAGUUCAAGUAUGAGGGAAGAUAGCAACAACAUAGCUGGGCCCCUGAUUCUAAAUCUAUCAGGGGAAGCACUAGAUGCAUACAAUGAAGCUUGUGAAGUUUUCACAAGGGCAACUGAGCCUGAGGAAGAGAGGACACCCACCACAGUAAGCAACAAUACUAAUCUCUACCGAGAAGAAUAUCAUCCUUUGAAUCAGCGUGAGGUUUGCCAUCAGAACGGAAGUGGGCAAAAUGGGUCUCUGACACACCUUAGGAUCAUCGAAGAUAGACAACCAAGGAGUUUGGUUCAUGAUAAAAUCAGGUCAUGGGAAGAGAGGGUGUCAAGAAGUCGAGGAUCAAGUGAGCUUGGUGAUAGCGAAAAUGAAGAAGAUGAGAUGGGAAAGCUAUUGAUUAAGCAGAUUGUGGAGAAAAGUAAGCAAGGGUCUCCCGCUGUAUUAAAUGUUCAAAAGAUGCUCUUCGCAAUGGAUUAAAAAAACAACAUUUCAGUGAAGAAAAUUGAAUUUGAAAAGAGAAUUUAUUUAUUUGAGAGGGUGAAAAAUGAAAGAGUAGGUUUUACUUACUGUGUAUAUUGAAUAUCCGUUUCUCCCCAGAUUCAUUCAAUAGGUGCUGGAAACAAUUUUUCAGUAAUCAUCUUGUACAUCAAUUAACAAAUUUGUUUUCAAGGAAGUCCAGAACAUCAAAAAAGAAUCAUUUUAGACAAAGGGUGUAUAGCCCAUGAUGA